GGGAAGGUGUACUCAUUUGGUUGUCACCAGUAGAUCCAACUAAAUUGUGCACGCUGCUCCUUUAACGUCUUACGCUGUGCUUUUACUUUGAGGACACUGCGCCGGAAGUCUUGUCACCAGCAACACAGCAGCAUAAACAGAGGCACAAUGGCGACAAUCAGUCGUGAAACAGUCUGUUUUGGGUUUAGAAACCUGCUCAUAUUGUUGUUUUGCCUCUCCGUUACUUGUCUGCCGUUUUUCCCCACAACCCAAAAGAGAAAUGACAAACCUAUUAUCGGUAUCCUGUCUCAAGAAUCGCGUUCACUUCCAGCAGGCAAAACAUCUUACAUCGCUGCCUCUUAUGUAAAGUACAUGGAGUCAGCAGGAGCCAGGGUUAUCCCUAUCAAGAUUAACCAGACAUUGGAGGAAUAUACGAAAAUCUUCAACUCCAUCAAUGGAGUCCUUUUCCCAGGCGGAGCUGCCAGUAUCACUUCAUCUGGCUAUGCAAGGGCUGGAAAGAUCUUUUAUGAUCUUGCUAUUGAGGCAAAGGAGAGAGGCGUCCAUUUCCCUGUGUGGGGCACCUGUCUUGGAUUUGAAAUGCUGACCGUUUUGACGAGUGGAGAGAAGCUACUCACAGGAACCAAUACCAGCGGUGUGGCAUUGAAUCUGGACUUCACUGUUGAGGCCUUCGAAAGCAAGCUGUUCAGAGGUUUCCCACUUGCACUUAUGGAGGCUUUGGCUUCUGAGCCACUGACUGAGAACUCUCAUAAGUGGAGUGUGUCAGUGGAGACUUUUAACACAAAUCCAGAACUGAAGAAGUUUUACAAAGUUCUCACCACAAAUACAGAUGGAACAACAGAGUUUGUGUCAACAAUGGAAGCCCAUCAUUACCCAAUUUUCGGAACACAGUGGCACCCAGAGAAGAAUGCAUAUGAAUGGACCAAGCCUUACAUUCCUCACAGCCCAGCAGCAGUCAAAACCACUUUCUACAUGGCUGAAUUCUUUGUCAAUGAAGCCAGAAAGAACUUUCACAAAUUUGAAUCAGCGGAGGAUGAGAGCGCAGCACUGAUAUACAACUAUAACCCGGUUUACACUGGGCAGACGAGUGCCUUUGAGCAGAAAUAUUAUUUCUAAAGCCUGUUUGUACAGUGCUAUUCCUUUACAGCAGAUGAUUGGCUGUUUCAGUCAUGUGACUUAUUUAACUUGUUUGAUUUUGCUGCUCUCUCCAACUGUUAAAUCUGCAUCCAGACAAGAAGUACACUGGAAAUAGAGUAGAUUCAUACAUACAACAUUAAUCUUGAUGUAAUGCAGGAUUAAAAAAAGAUGAAUCAUACUUUGCAGAUGCUGUAGCAGGGUUUAGAUGAAUUGAAUAUCACUGGAGACACUGCACAUAGUGAUACUUUAAUGGCAUUUUGCUUGGUUUUAUGUAAAAUUUGAUAUUCUGUAUCAGAUGAUCAAAUAGACAGUUAUCAACAUUGAAUAGACUUUCUUAAAUCUAAGUUAAUCAAUGUUUUUUAAUUCAUGGAUUCAAUCACUAUGUGUAAUGUAAGGGAUUGCUUGUAGUGAUGGAUCCAUAGAGAAUUAUGGAGUAUUGUAUUAAUCUUCAGCUCAUUGAUUUUAUGUGAAUGUAUUUCAGUGAAAAAGCUAAGAUAAAUCAACUUCACACGUCCUGCUCAGCACCAAACCUCAAACAUACCUAGCUUGUGAACAUUGUGGAGCAUUUAGCAGUUCAGACUAGAGUCAGGAUAUUUCUUCUCAGGAUUUAUUGGAGACCAAAACAAAGAUGAAAAGAGCUGGACUUCAUUAGAAACUUUCCAAAGACUCUAAAUGAAUGCUAAUGUUUAUCCACAAUAGGGAAUUGCUUGCUAAUGUUGAAUGUUUGUAUAGUGAUAAUACUGUAUGGUUAUUCAUCUACUUUGUCAAAAACAAAUCUAUCAGUACAACUUUAAAAUGUACAACAACAAUAAAAGAGAUGACCAAACCA